UGGCAGCCUUUGGGACAGGUGGCAACGUUGUGGGUAGAAGAGUCCGAUACAACUGUAAUUCACGUGCGCGUGUCAGACAAAUAAAAGAAUUAAAUAUGUUGCGAAAACAAGCAAGACAGCGAAGGGAAUAUUUAUACACGAAGGCAGUAAAUGAACGCAUCUUAACUAAGAAAAAGAAUUCGGCGGCGAUAACAGAGAAAAUAAAGCAAAAUAAGACACUUAACUCUUCAAACAUUGCUAAUGGAAUUAAAGUUUACGAUUCUCUUAAAUAUUAUGGAGAGGGUAACGGGAGUUCGACAACCAUUGAUGAAUAUCAGUUUGCUGGUGCUCAGGACCCUAAAAUAAUGUUAACAACUUCGCAUGAACCGUCGUCACGUCUUAAAAUGUUUAUGAAAGAACUCAGAUUGAUAUUUCCUAAUGCCCAACAAAUGAACAGAGGAAAAUAUCAAAUAAACACACUAAUGCAAGCCUGCCGUGCUAAUAAUGUUACUGACUUUAUAAUAGUCCAUGAGCAUCGAGGCAUUCCCGAUAGUCUUAUCGUUUGUCAUCUUCCGUUUGGACCAACUGCAUUUUUUAAUAUAUCCGACGUUGUAAUGCGUCACGAUAUUCCGGAUAUAGGGCCGAUGAGUGAACAGAAGCCGCACCUAAUCUUCAGUAACUUCAAAAGUAAUAUUGCCUUAAGAACCGUUAAUAUUUUGAAACACUUGUUCCCAGUGCCAAAAGAAAAAGCCGAAAGAGUUAUCACGUUUGUCAAUAAUGAUGAUAGAAUAUUGUUUAGACAUCAUCAGUAUAAAUACGUUAACAAAGAAAUAACCUUAUCGGAAAUCGGACCAAGAUUUCAGCUUAAGCUCUAUCAAAUCAAACUGGGAACAUUAGAAAACAUAAAGGCAUGUGACACUGAAUGGGUUAAUCGUCCGUAUUUAAAUACAAAUAUCAAAAAUCUUGCUUUCUCUAAUGAUAAUGUCUUCAAUAAAAAAUCAAAUGUGUCCACGUAAACAUUGAAAUUAACUGCUU